GCCCAUUCCCGUUUUGAUCCUGAAACACACCGUUCGUUGUUGCCUAGGGUUCCUUCCUUUCUCCCCCAUUAUUUUAUAAACAGAAAUAAAUUUCCCAAUCGUAGCUUCUUCAAAGUUUUGCUCUCAUUUUCGCUUCCUUACCUUUCUACCAAUCGUCGCGCUUCGCUUUCAUCCGAGGUCUUGUUCUAAUUUCAAGAAGUUCUUUUCUUGAUAUUUUUGAACCACCAUCAUAAGCCUCAUAAUUGUCAUUCAGAAAUCUCUUUUUGCCUAUCUCUGUUAGUACUGCUGCUAAUGUUAUCAUUAUUCCUUAGAAAAUUUUCACAUUACAACCACCUCGAGACUUAUCUCAUCACAUGGGUUCUAUUCAUAUUCUGCAACUCCUUUUGGCCUUUGAUUUUGUUCCUCCUUUCAAUAUAUGUGUACUUUUUCCCAUGAAUUCUUCUGGCCUCUGUGCCUUCUUCACAGUUCCCCUGCAAGCUUGUUUACUUAAAUACAUAAGAUGCCAAGGGCAAAGGGAAAUGCAUCAGCAGUGGCUCAACCAGUUGAACCUGAAAACUCACUUGAGUCUGACGAGAAGGUUGAUCUAGAUGAAGAUGAUCCUGAGGAGGUGAUGGAUGAAGAGGUUGAGUAUGAAGAAGUAGAGGAAGUGGAAGAAAUAGAAGAGGAGGAGGAAAUAGUGGAGGUGGAGGAAGAAGAGGAGGAAGAGGAGGGCAAUUCUAAUAAGAACGAUGGAUCCAAUGCCCAGAAGAGCAUUAUAGGUGAUGGCACUAGAGUUGAAGAUGAGCAUGAGAGGAGAAAACAUGAUGAGCUUCUUGCCCGUCCUCCUCAUGGUGCUGAAGUAUAUAUUGGUGGCAUUCCUCAUGAUUCUUCUGAGGAGGAUUUGAGGGGUUUUUGUGAGUCUGUUGGAGAAGUUACUGAGGUACGAAUAAUGAAGGGCAAAGACUCAAAUGAAAACAAGGGCUUUGCAUUUGUGACCUAUAGGAGUGUUGACUUGGCUUCUAAAGCAAUUGAUGAGUUGAAUAAUACUGAUUUUAAGGGUAAAAAAAUUAAAUGUUCAACAUCCCAAGCAAAGAAUCGCUUGUUCCUCGGUAAUGUUCCUAGAAGCUGGAAAGAAGAAGAUCUGACGAAGGUUGUGAUGGAGGUUGGCCCUGGAGUAACUGCUGUGCAAUUGGUGAAGGAUAUGAAGACAAGCAAUAACAGGGGCUUUGCUUUUAUCGACUACUAUAAUAAUGCCUGUGCUGAUUAUUCAAGGCAAAAGAUGAUGAACCCGAAAUUUAGGCUUGGGGAUAAUGCUCCUACUAUCAGCUGGGCGGAUUCUAGAAAUUCUGAUUCUUCUGCUAAUUCACAGGUGAAAGCAAUAUAUGUGAAGAAUUUACCAAAGAAUGUAACCCAGGAUCAGUUGAAGAAGCUAUUUGAACACCAUGGAAAAAUUACAAAAGUGGUGUUGCCACCUGCAAAGCCUGGACAGGAGAAGAAUAGAAUUGGUUUUGUUCAUUUUGCAGAGAGGUCUAAUGCUAUGAAAGCAUUGAAGAAUACUGAAAAAUACGAACUAGAUGGUCAAGUUUUAGAAUGUUCUCUUGCAAAACCUCAAGCAGACCAGAAACCUGUUGGAGUGUCAAAUUUACAGCAUUCAGGUCUGCUUCCAAGUUACCCACCUGGGGUUGGUUAUGGUUUGGUAGGAGGUGGCUUUGCUGCUGUUGGUGCAGGAGGCUUUGCACAGCCAUUGAUAUAUGGAAGGGGACCAACUCCUGCUGGCAUGGCAAUGAUGCCAAUGCUUCUACCUGAUGGACGGAUCGGAUAUGUCCUGCAGCAGCCUGGACAACCACACAUCACACCUUCACACCAGAGAAAUAAUAACAGGAAUGGCAGUGGAGGUCCGAACAAAAGCGGUGUCAGUUCUGGUAGGGGUAGACAAAGCAAUGAUGGCUCCAAUGGGCAUAGGUAUCGCCCGUAUUAAUUUAUUCUAUUUUAUGCUUUUGUUCAUAGAGGGAUGUGUCUGCAUUCCCUUGUCUGUAAUGUGUUCUAAAUAUGAUGCAUAACAUUAUAUUUGAAUGACAAGGAGCAUUUUAUUUAUGUUUGCUUACUUGUAAUUAUAAAUGGUAUUCGGCUCUUAGUUCCUCAUAUUUGUGUUCAUUCGAUAUUUUACAGUUGCUAAUGUUAAAGGCCUUUUAUUAUCUUUA